CGGCUGAGGAAGGAAGACUACUACAAGCUGUUGGGCGUCAAGCGCACGGCCUCUGAUCGGGAGAUUAAGAAGGCGUUCCGCAAGCUAGCCCUCAAGUACCACCCAGACAAGAACAAGGAGCCCGACGCCGAAGAGAAGUUCAAGAAUAUCGCGCAAGCUUACGAGGUCUUGUCGGAUGCCGAGAAGCGCAAGAAGUAUGAUCAAUUUGGCAGCUCCGCCUUCAAGCAAGGUGGAGAAGGGGCCAACACGCAGUUCCAUGACUUUGACAUGCACGACUUCUUCCGUCACUUCGACGACGCCUUCAACUUCCACCAGCAGCAGCACGGCAGGGCGCACUUCCAUGGCCAUCCCGACUUUGGCCAGCAGAAGCCGCACCAGCACCAUCACCAUGGGGGCCCACGCUCCUUCUUCGGCAAUGCGUUCAACAUGGAGGACCUCUUUUCCGACUUCGACGACGAGCGUGACAACUGGAUGGGUGGCGGCGGUCCCUUCGGGGAAGUCUUCGGUGGCGGUGACUCCUUCGCGAGUUCGCACUUUGCGCGCCAUGCACAGAAUCACCAUUCCAACAUGUUUCACCAACGGAGUGGUGGGCAAGGCCACUGCAAGACUGUCACACAGAGAGUUGGCAACAUGGUGACAACGUACACCCAGUGCUCAUAAGAACCAAAGAAGCUUCGUGAGUGCGUCUCCCGAUCCUGAGCAAAACCCAGGACUGUAAACUUCAAGGUGCCCACGGCAUGUGCUCGCAGAAAGCAUGCCGACUGGAACGCCUUACUCUGAUCUGUGAUGUUUGGCCUGCAGUUUUCUACCGACUGCUGCUAUCUAGCUAUGGAUUUGUUUUGUUGUUUUUUUAUUUUGUACAUACCGAAGUCUAUUUUCAGAACAUAUUUUUUUCCUUUAAGUAAAUCGUGUGCGUAAUGGUGGCUCUGACUGGGUAUGGCGCUGAAGAAAUUUUAACAGCUUAAGCUGUGGGAAUGUAGGCACGCAUAGUUGUCCAGUGCCGCUAUAUUGUUCUUAGCACACGGAGUAUUACAGAGCCUUUCUGUACUUGGAUAAUUCAGCCAUUGUGAGUAAGAAAUAACUUGGUGUGGCUCUUGGCUGAUCGCCAAAAGUGGUGAUGUUUCACCAUGCACGUUGUGUAUGUAUUUGUAUAGCCAGCAGAACUGCUGCCUACGUUGUACGCCAGGUUAUCUGUUUCAACAGACAUUGAAGAUUGCUUGUGGUAGAUAAUGCAACUCUCGCAUCACCUUGUCUAUUUGAACAGGUGGAUGCUAGUGAAGAUGCAUAUUGUUGGAUGAUGGCAGUUAAUGUACUUCCACACAUUAUUAUGUCAAUUCUUUGCCUUAUAUUGUUGUAGGGCCCUAUUGCAUAAUCUGAAUCCAAGCAGUAAUAGAGAGCUUGCAAGUAUUGCCUGGAACAUAAAUGCUUUUUUUUUUUACCAUGCAUUUUGAAGACAUUAUUUAUUAUAACCGGUGAUUCGUGCAUAAUUUCUAUGUCGUGCAAGGUAAUUUCUGUACUGCUUGGCUGUUGCACUACUAAUAGUACCUGUGUGUGAUUUAAUUAGAAAGAUAAUUUGUGAGCCGAGGUAACUGGCAAAUAUCACAGUGCUAUUAAGUAUCCAUGCAGUGUCUGUUUCUUCAAGUAAUCCAGGCAAUGUAAGACUGUUGCAUUAUCUAACGCAGUGGAAGUUUAAGUCUGUUUUCAUUAGAUAGACUACGUAAUUUGAGCACUAAGGAAGAGUGUUAGCUAGUAGUCCUUGCGGCAAUGACAUGUUGCUAAAAGAUCGGUGGUAGACUGGGAAGUACUUUGGAGAGUCUAAUGGUAGAUUUGUUGGGCAGCCAAGGUGCAAGCAAGAACGGUUUUGUUUUGAAAUUUCGGAAAGUGCUGGAAACAUAAAUUUAAUACUUAUGUAGGUCUUAUGAAUGUCUUACUACAGGCAGGUCUGUUGUAGACUUGCUAUGGAGAUGUUGUAGAUGUGCACUUUGAUUUAUGUUUGACGCAUUAUAACACAUUAUUGGGACAAGAUAGAGGUGGUUGUAUGCUGAUGAUGCUAGGUUGAUGUAAUUUAGCAAAAAAACUGAAGGAUAAAUUUGGCCCUGUCAGAUGGCCUAUCUAAUGAGUUUGACAUCUGGGUAAUGCCGUCAAUUUCUUCUAGAUUUUUCUGGAAACUGCAGUGCUAGUAUGAAAUGGUUGUGCUUUUUAAACAUAGUUGGGGUAUACACCAAUCGUUGAGAUUCAAAGGUAUUGAGCUGGCACCGUUUUAACGUCAUUGUCAAAAAAUAAUUAUUGAUAACUAAUGCUUAGCUGAAGCAGCUUGUAAUUUCCUGGAUUCUUUUUUUACUUGCCUCAUGUGUGUGUUUAAAAAGCUGCAGAUCUCUGCAGCAGACUGAGGGCGAGUGCUGUGAAACUACAAAGAGUUGGUAAUCAAUUGACCAAAUGUAGGUGAUACUGACAGCAGUAUCUCAGUUUGGGAAAAUUGCAGCAUGCAGGAGUUUUUUUUACUUCUGUGAAUUCACAUAGCACCUUGAGAGACACUACGAUGUCACUUGUGAACAUGGCCUAUUGUCUAGUAUUAUCAAUCAUAUGAUAAUCAUUGGCCAGAUUUUUCAUUGCAUCUUAUAGUCAUGUACAACUUGAGAAGGCAGCGAUGUUUCGACCUCAAAGGUGAAUCCACACUUGUGCGCCACUGAGCGUGCAUCCUAGAAUGUUGCAAGCGAGACGGUUUGUGAACUCGCUGUCGCAGAAUGUCAUGGAGUAAAAGGACAGGGCUACCUUUUUGGUCACAGAGCCAACUGGCUGGCACACUUGUCAUCAGGGUGGGGCUUUUGUUUUCUGAAGUUAGGUUUGACUACUCAAACCUCAAUAUAAUGAACAUAGGUGUAACGAAAUAUCGGCUAUCACGAAACGAAAAAUUGUCUUGCAAUGAAUGGAGCAUUAGAAAUAACCUUCAUAAUGAAUUUUCGGAUAGGACAAACUUAUUUUCUUGUGAGAUGCAUUGUUGUUAUAACGAGGUCCGAGUGUGAUGUUAUGUGCAGCACUGUGCAGCCAACAGGAAGAUUUGUAGUUGGACUACUGCAUAUAUUUUUCACGUUGGUUCAUCGUAACUAUGAACCGCAUCGCAGUUUUUCUACAGUGCCACUUGGUGUAGUAGCCACACUAGAUAUGCUGGAGAGACAAUUGUGCCUGUUGAAGGCUCUUGCACGCUCGGUGCUUGGCGAGGUGUGUUGUGUUAUUCUUACAUUGUUGGGUCGUACUUUCAACGAUCCAGUUCAACAUUUCCAUUCCUUGUUACUGUGUCAAUAGUUUAGCUCUCAUUCAGGCGCCGCUGUUGUGGGUGGCUUUGCUACACAGCACUGGUGAUAACAAAAAUAAAAAAAUAACAACAAAACAAAAUAAGUUAGAUAAACAAUUACAAUCAAACCUUUAUAUAAUGAACCCAGAUAUAGUGAAAUAUCGGUUAUAACAAAAUAAAUGAAUAGUCUUACAAUUGUAUUAGGAAUGAACCUUUAUAACAAAUCUUCACAUAUAACAAACAUAUUUUCAUCUACGAUGCAGCUUCAUUAUAGUGAGGUUAGAGUGUAUACUUGGUUUUAGUUUCCCACGUUCUAUUAACUUUUUUAUUGAUGAGAAAUUAUUAUUAUGCAAGUCUUUUGCUCGCCCUUAUAUGUAGUUUGUUAAAUGCGCGUGUAGUUUGCUUUUAUUUUGCCCAAAUUCAUCUACUCGCAAAUACAAGUUUUGGAGUAUUUAUUUAUUUACACCAAAUGGCCUUUAAAUGCUCUUUGUCAUCAUGGGGUUGGGUGAAGCACUGUGUGUAUUCAGACACUUCUGUGUUGGUUUUAAGUUUUCCGUGUGUUUAGCAAGUGUCACGCACCCUGCUACAGCUCUGUAUAUUUAUCAUUCGUUGUAAAUAUUUGUACAUAGCCUUAGGUUUUUAAAAAACUGUUUGAAAUGUACAGUAGCCUCGUUAGCCCAAAAAAUAUUGAACCAUGUUUGGAUGCUGUAGGCUGCUGUGUUACUAGCCCAAAAGAUAGUUUUUUUUUUUUUCUUAAAGGAAUGAAGGCUUUUGCAACUACUGUCUGUUAUACAUAUUUUUGUUGAGUAUUUAAGUGGCUUAGUUAAAGGUACAGACAACAUUGUGGGCUCUUUAACUGCUAGUGUUAUGGACAUGUUGUCGAGUUUCAUUGGCUUUUGUGAUGGACUGCAGCAUGUGUUGUACUGGCACAUAGCAGGUCAACCUUAUCAACAAUGCUCCAUUCAAUUGGUGGCAAGUAUUUAGAGUGAACCAAGCAACCAGCAUGCUAUGAUGAAAGUAAACCAAGUAAUCGGCCUGUAACAAUGAAUUUCAUGCAAUCAAAACUACGUUUGCAGCCCUUCAUCUCAUCUAUGUUUCAUUCACUUCUGAAAGAUAAGGCACUGGUCAUGUUCAUGACAGUAUAGCUGAUAGCGUCAAUGAAAUAAGCUGGUCAAGUCCAAAGUUUAGAUAGCCUUGACAUUUUAGGUCACCAUCCAAAAUUUUCGAAGUGCUGCUACUUUUGUGCAGUUACCGAGGUCGCAUGAGUGAGGCAUUGUUGUUCUGAGGGUGACCUGUGUUCAGGCAAGAGCAGUACGGAACCUUGUCCUGUAAUCAGUAGUGUAGAUGAAUAUAUUGCAUCAUUGAGAGACGUGCUUAUAUGCCAAAGUAAGUUAUCAGUUUGGACAAUCUUGAAGUGCACUUUUCGAUGCCCAAGAAAUCAUUCUGCCGCAGUGUACAGCUUCAAGUUGGGGUUUUUGAACAAUUCACAAAUUGGGAGUUGAGCAACACAGAGCUUCUGAAAGCAGUUAUUUUAGUACUUUGUAGUGAGCUUAAAUGUUGUAUUGCUGUGUUUCUAGAGUUUGUUGUGCUUUGGAUUGUAAAAAAAAUUUGCUACCAUCUGGUCGAUCAAUACUGUUGGCAUCUGCUGUUGAGAUAGGAAUGGCAGCAAUAAAAUUAUUAUGGUUCGUUAA